AUGCCCGCCGCGCUGCUGGCCCUGGCCAUGUCGUCGUCCUUCUUCAACCCCAGCUUCGCCUUCAGCUCGCACUUCGACCCCGACGGUGCCCCCCUCAGCGAGCUCUCCUGGUCGUCUUCCCUGGCCGUGGUGGCUGUGUCUUUCUCCGGCCUCCUCACCGUCAUCGUCCUAAUGCUGGCCUGCCUGUGCUGUAAGAAGGGAGGCAUCGGGUUCAAGGAGUUUGAGAAUGCUGAGGCAGAUGAGUACGCAGCCGCCUUCUCGGCACACGGCUCCCCAGCAGCCGCAUCGCGAGGCGGCCCUGAUGUGUACGUCCUACCCCUGGCCGAAGUCUCGUUGCCCGCGGCCAAGCAGCCUGGCCGCUCAGUGCAGCUUCUCAAGUCCACAGACCCGGGCCGCCACAGCCUCCUGUACCUGAAGGAAAUUGGCCACGGCUGGUUUGGGAAGGUGUUCCUGGGGGAGGUGAACUCGGGGGUGAGCAUCAGCCAGGUGGUGGUCAAGGAGCUCAAGGCCAGUGCCAGUGUUCAGGAGCAGGUGCACUUCCUGGAAGAGGCACAGCCCUAUAGGGUCCUGCAGCACAGCAACCUGCUCCCGUGCCUGGCGCAGUGUGUGGAGGUGACGCCCUACCUGCUGGUGAUGGAGUUCUGCCCACUGGGGGACCUCAAGGGUUACCUGCGGAGCUGCCGGGUGGCAGAGUCCAUGACGCCUGACCUGCUGUCACUGCAGCGCAUGGCCUGCGAGGUGGCCUGCGGAGUCUUGUACCUGCAUCAGCAUAACUACGUGCACAGCGACCUGGCUCUGAGGAACUGCCUGCUGUCUGCUGACCUGACGGUGAAAAUUGGGGACUACGGCCUUUCCCACUGCAAGUACAGAGAGGACUACUUCGUGACGGCUGACCAGCUGUGGGUGCCGCUGCGCUGGAUUGCGCCUGAGCUGGUGGAUGAGGUCCAUGGUAACCUGCUGGUGGUGGACCAGACCAAGACCAGCAACGUGUGGUCCCUGGGCGUGACCAUCUGGGAGCUCUUGGAGCUGGGUGUGCAGCCCUACCCGCAUCACUCGGACCGCCAGGUGCUGGCCUACGCCAUCCGUGAGCAGCAGCUCAAGCUGUCUAAGCCCCAGCUACAGCUGCCCCUGGCUGACCGCUGGUACGAGGUGAUGCAGUUCUGCUGGCUGCAGCCGGAGCAGCGCCCCACGGCAGAGGAGGUGCACCUGCUGCUGACAUACCUUUGCGCCCAGGGCACCACCGAGGCCGAGGAGGAGUUCGAGAGGCGCUGGCGCUCGCUGCGGCCGGGCGGGGGCGGCGAGGGCGUUGGCUCUACUCUGGGGCCAGGCUUGGCAGGCCCGGUGCUGGGCAGUGGGGCCGAGCUCUCCACCGCCUCGUCCUUCCCGCUGCUGGAACAGUUUUCGGGCGAUGGCUUCCACGCAGAGGCUGACGACGUGCUGACGGUCACCGAGACGAGCCGCGGCCUCAACUUCGAGUACAAAUGGGAGGCAGGCCGGGGCGCCGAGGCCUUCACGCCGUCUGGGGGCACGCCGAGCCCAAGCGCGCGCCUGCAAGAGCUGUGCGCCCCUGAAGGCGCGCCGCCGGGCGUGGUGCCGGUGCUCAGCGCGCACAGCCCCUCCGUGGGCAGCGAGUACUUCAUCCGCCUGGAGGAGCCCGCUGCCGGCCACGACCCUGACUGCGCUGGUUGUGUCCACAGCCCCCACGCCGCGCGCCCCGACGACGAGGACGAGGACUCAGACUCGGAUGGGAGCGUCGGGGCCUCCCUGGCCAUGGAGCCGCUGCUGGGCCACGCGCCCCCCGCCAGCGCCACCUGGGGCCACUGCGACUACUACCCGCGCAGAGGCCGCGCCCGGGUCCCAGCCAGCCCGGCGCACUCGCCCUCUCCCCAGGCCCUGAUGCUGGCUGAGCCAGGCGCCGAGGAUGCGGACUGGGGCACAGCCGCCUUCUGUCCGGGCUUUUUUGAGGACUCGCUGUGUAUGUCACCCUCGGGGAGCUCUGGGACCCGGCCAUCACCAGGUGCGGAGGAUCCGCGGGAGGCGGAGGCGCGAAGGGCAGCCCAGCACAGACACUGGAACUCCAACGUGUCCGCCAACAACAACAGUGGCAGGGGCCGCCCCGCGUCCGAUUCCUGGGGCCCGGGCUGUGAGGAUGGCUGUCCUGGCCCGGAGCACAGUCCACUGGCUGAGCUUCAGCCGGGCUACCUCCUGACUCAGGAGGCCCCGGGAGAGCCCCACACGGCUUCCCCUGACCAGGAGUUAGGCUUCAGUCUCCCUCAUCUCAGCCCUGCUGAGGGCUUGGUGCCGGGAGCCAUUGUGUCCCCCUGGACAGAAGGGCCUGUGAGUGGGGGCAACGACCCGGAGGUAAAGCCCAGGCUUGCUAAGGAGGCUGGGGGGCCCCGUGGACCCCAACCACCUCUUCCCUCUGUGCCCUCCUCCGAGGAGGAGGGAGCUCCGCUUCCUGCAGAGGAGGCUCCCAGCACUCUGCCAGCCUCUCCCACACCUGCAAAUGUCAGUGGGGACUCUGGCGCCGACCUGGUGGGGACUCCUGACAGUGGCAGCGUCUCCCCCAAGCUUGAGGUGCCUGGCAGUGAGGAUGAGGACACAACCGAGGCCACUUCUGGGGUCUUCACAGACACGUCCAGUGAUGGGCCCCAGCCUGAGAAACUAGACUUGGCCCCAGCCCUUCGCUCCCUACAGAAGCCAGUGGGGACCCCAGACUCACUGGAGUCUCUGGACAUCCCGUCCUCAGCCAGUGACGGUGGCUGCGAGGCCUUUAGCCCGUCGGGCACUAGCACUCCUGGGGGGCAGCCCCGAGCCUCAGACAGUGGCUACGACACAGAGAACUAUGAGUCCCCAGAGUUUGUGCUCAAGGAGGCGCACGAGCCACGGGAGCCGGGUGGCUUUGGGGAGGGGGCCUCAGAGGGUGAGAGUCCAGGGCCAGAGACAAGGCUCCCGGAUUCCCUUGGUGGGGGCCUCAGCGACAAGAACCCCUACCGUGACUCAGCCUACUUCUCAGACCUGGACAGUGAACUGGAGCCCCCCGCAGAUGCCAUGGAGAAGCCUGGCAGUGUUGUCUGUGCCCCCUCACGGGAGCCGGACCUGGACGGCCUGCAGAGGCUGGCCCCACAGUCUGCUCAGAGCUGUCCGGGGCCUGGGCUGCCCGGGGAGGCACAGGGCGCUGGCCCCAUGGAGGCUACUCCUCCCCCACAGCCGCCCGAACAGUCAUCCCCAGAGGCCAGCGCCUGCCCGGGGCUCAUCGGCCAAAUCGAGGCACUGGCCCUGUCCAGCCCCAGUCACUCCAAGUUUUUCCUGCUGACCCCAGUCCCAACAGGCUCAAAGAAUGGCUCUUUCCAAGCCCUCGAGGCUCCGCAGGAGUGGACAGGGGCAAGGCCUGGGUCGCCCAGCGCAGAGACGGCGUCGGGUCUGGGGCCCCCUAGAGCCCCCCUGUGCCUGGCCUUGCCUGGCCUGGCUUCUGAGGGCCGGCGGGAGGACGAGGAGGAGGACAGCGAGGACAGCGACGAGUCGGACGAGGAGCUCCGCUGUUACAGCAUCCAAGAGCAGAGCGACGAGAGCGAGGAGGAGGCGGUUCCCGUGCGGGUGGUGGUGGCUGAGAGCCAGCGCGCUCGUGGCCUGCGCAGUCUGCUCAAAGCGCCCGGCCUGCUGUCCGAGGCCUUCUGUGAGGACCUGGAGCGCAAGAAGAAGGCCGUGUCCUUCUUCGACGACGUCACUGUCUACCUCUUCGACCAGGAGAGCCCCACCCACGAGCUCGGGGAGCCUUUCCCUGGUGCGAAGGAGGCUUCCUCCAGAUUCCCAGCGGCCAGUCCAGGCUCCCCCAGCGCCCCGGGCAGGCUGCGGCGGAUAAGUGAACUUACCCCAGACAACACCACCAAGGAAGCUGGUGGCAAGUUCAAGUGGGACAAUGACUGUCCACUGAUACCAGCUGAAGCGGCCUUGGCAACCACACUGGCCUCAGGGUCAGCAGACCCCACCCCAGCAGCACCACCCAAGCCUCCCACGCCCAGCCCCUUCUCUCGUUUCACGGUGUCGCCCACGCCUGGGUCCCGCUUCUCCAUCACGCAAGUCUCCGACUCGGACAUCAAGGCCACAGGAGGUAUGGCCCAGCGGCAGGUCUCCUGA